GAAACUUGAUCAUCUAGUGUAACACUUGCAGGAGCUUUCUCCAAAGUUUGACUGAAUGGGAAUUUCGCCAUGUACUUAAAUGUUUGUUGCAAAUUGAUUGGAACAAGCGCAGGAGUGCAGCAAUAAGUAGAAGCUCCUAAGAUCAUUGAUAGAGACAGUCAAGUAGAAGAACCAUUCAAUAUCUACAUUGUGGUGCUGUGAAAAUGAAAUUUGUGUAUGUUUUACUUUUGAUGGUUAGCUACCUGAAGCUAUCAACUGGUCAAGAUACCGUCCCGGAAUAUGCAGAUCUUGUAUUUCUGGUGGACAAUUCAGAUAAUAUGGGAAAAAACAUCUUCAACCAAGUGAAAUCCUUUAUAUUCAAAACAGUUUCUCAAAUGCAAAUAGGUUCAAACCAGUAUCGGAUUGGUUUAGCACAUUAUAAUGAUGAUCUAAAGGUUGAUUUCUCUCUAUCUACCUUCAAAGCAAAAAACCCAAUAAUAAGUUAUAUAAAAAAUAAAUUUGAUUUCCAAGGUGGAUCUUUGAUGACGGGUAAUGCCCUUGGCAAAAUUAGGGAAUCUCUAUUUAAUGAAAUAAAUGGAAGAGACAAAUCAAGGUUUCCACCAGUUCUUGUUUUGAUCACGUCUGGGCCUUCUCUUGAUGAUGUUCAAAUACCAGCUGAUGCUCUUAAACAGGAAAGUGUCAGGAUUAUUGCAGUUGGACUAAAGGAUGCCUCUAAAAAUCAGCUGGAAGUUAUGGCAACAUCACCAAGUCUUGCUUUUAUGAUAAACAAUGUCCGAGACCUAACUACAUUCUCAAAGGAUAUGGUCACCACUAUCCAAGAUGUGGUUAAAAAUAAUUAUUAUUCGUCAAGCACACAAGGUACUACUGCAGCUUCCCCAACAACUGCUAGCUCAUCUGUUUUUUUGAUAAAUAACACUGCAGUUUGCGAAAAAGGUAUAGCAACAGAUCUAGUGCUGAUUGUGGACACAUCAGAUCAUACAAGCAAAGAAAAUGAAGAGUUGAAGAAUUUCUUAACCAAUGUCUUAUCUGAUCUGGAGAUAAGUAAUAAAUGUGUCCAUGUGGGUCUAGUGACAUUCAACAUCCAACCAAAAUUAGUUGCUUCCCUAAAAACUGGAAUCAGCAAUUCUGUUGUUGAGGAAUUUAUAGGAGAACUGACAGUAUCAAGUGAAAAGAGUGCAAAUAUUGGAAGUGCAAUUAAUUUCACAAGAAGUGAAGUGUUUGGUGAUGCUUUUGCAAGCAGAAGGAAUCAGGGAAUAGAACAGCUAACAAUCCUGAUCACUCAUAAGUCCUCAGCAGACAGUGUAUCAGAGGCUGCCCAUCUGCUCCGACAAGAAAAAGUCAGACUUUUCACUGUGGGUAUUUCCCAAGCUAAUGAAACCCAGAUGAACGAAAUUGCAUCACAUCCAAAUUACUAUUAUAGCAUCAAAUUGAAGACGUUUGCUGAUCUUUCAAACAACACAGACACAUUACUGAAGAAGAUUGUGAAUGCUCUUGAAAGAGAUACUCUUUACUCACCAGCACAAACAGAUCUGAUCAGACACGGAUGUCAGAAGACAGAACUAGCUGAUAUUCAUCUGCUCAUUGAUGGCUCUGGAAGUAUUUAUCCCGAUGAUUUUACAGCCAUGAAGACAUUUUUGGUGGAGCUCAUAGAUAUGUUUGAGAUUGGGCAUCAGAAUGUUCGCAUUGGGUCUGUACAGUACUCUGAUAGCAGUCAACUGGAGAUUGGUAUUGGUACAAAUUACACUAAAACCCAAUUGAAAAUGGAGAUGAAGAACAUGAGGCAGCGAGGUGGAGGAACCAACACAGGAGCAGCAAUAAAUUUCACUCGUGAAUUAAUAUUACAUCCCGCUAAUAUCAGGGAAGGGAAUGUGCCUGUGUAUUUUAUCGUACUUACAGAUGGAGAAUCUCAAGAUAGUGUGAAGGAGGCUGCCAUGAUCCUUAGAGAAAACAAUGUAAAUAUGUAUGCAAUUGGGGUUAAAGAAGCCAACCAAACUCAGUUGCUGGAAAUCACUGGAGAUCCCAAAAGGGUCCAUUUUGUGCAUGACUUUGAUUCUUUGAAAGACAUAAAAAAUGUUAUAGCCCAACAAAUCUGUUCUGCAAAAGCUUGUCAAAAUGUGGAGGCUGAUGUGAUAUUCCUGGUUGACAGUUCUGGAAGUAUAGGCACAGAAAACUUUAAUAAAAUGAAGAAUUUUAUGAAAAGUCUGGUUAACAAAACCGAGGUUGGGCCAAAUAACUUACAGUUUGGUAUUGUCCAAUUCAGUGAUCUCAACAUGGAGGUGCUACAGCUAAAUAAGAAUGGGACCACAGCUAUUAUCUGGGAUGCCAUUAACAAAAUGGGAUAUAUGGGCAAGGGUACCUACACCGGGAAAGCCUUGGAAUUUGUGUCUCAAUACUUCACAGAAAUGAAAGGUGCAAGACCUAAGAUGAAAAAAUUCCUGAUACUUAUUACAGAUGGAAAGGCACAAGAUGAUGUUAAACUUCAGGCUGAGUCUCUGAGAAAUAACAGUGUAAAUAUUAUCUCUGUGGGCAUUUUCAAUGCAAAUAAAACUCAACUAGAAGAAAUAAGUGGGAAGAAAGAACGAGUCCAAUAUCUAGAAUCUUUUGACGUAUUGAAGACUAUAGAAGAUAAAUUAAUUUUUGGAAUCUGCAGUCCACUUGAAGAAUGUGCAAGAAUACAAGUUGCUGAUAUUGUUUUUGUGAUGGACUCUUCAGGGAGUAUCAGUACUGAGCAAUAUAACACAAUGAAACAUUUUAUUACAUCAUUUGUGGAUAAAUCAAUCGUUGGGCCAAAUCAUGUUCAAUUUGGUUCUCUGAAAUAUUCGGACAACCCGCAUAAGCUAUUCUACCUCAAUGAGUACCACAAUAAACAGGAAAUUAUCAAGCAUAUUCAAGAUGAUCCACCUAUAGGUGGAAACACAUAUACUGCUGAGGCUUUGGAAUUUUCAAAAAGAUUCUUUACAGAAAAACAAGGCAGCCGUCAACAUAGAGGAGUCCCUCAGUAUCUUCUUGUUAUAACUGAUGGUGAAUCUCAUGACCGUGAUAAACUUAAUGAAACCUCUAAACAGCUACAUGAUGCUGGGAUAAUCAUAUAUGCCAUUGGAGUAGCCAAAGCCCAAACUGAAGAGCUAAAGACAAUGGCAGGAAGCACGGGCAAAUGGUUCUUUGUUGAGAACUUUGAUGGAUUAAGUGAAAUUUUUAAAAAUAUAUCAGAUGAUGCAUGUGACAGAACAGAAUGUCAAAGAGAAGAGGCAGAUCUAACUUUUCUUAUUGAUGGUUCUGGUAGCAUUUCAGAAUCAGAUUUCAUAGAAAUGAAAAAGUUUAUGGUGUCUGUAAUCGAAGAUUUGGACAUUGGUGAGAACAAAGUUCAUGUAGGUGUGGCACAAUACAGUGAUUUAUUCAAAACAGAGUUCAAACUCAAAGCAUACUUGAAUAAGGAGAUUUUAAAGGAUAAGGUUACCGGGAUUGAAAAGAUUAAUGGAAACACCCUUAUUGGACAGGCUCUCAGGCUAACAGAUUCAGCCUUACUGAGUCCAGCAAAUGAUAGUCGUAUUAAUCAAGGUAUACAGCAGAUAUUAAUUGUGAUAACAGAUGGUGACUCACAAGAUGAAGUUGCAAAACCUGCAGAAGGUCUAAGACGUAAAGGUGUUGAUACCUAUGCUGUGGGAGUGGGAAAGGUGUCUGGAACACAACUUCUUCAAAUUGCUGGAUCUUCAAGCUCCAGAUUUUCUGUUGACUCAUUUGAUGAAUUAAAGAAUAUUAAAAAGAGAAUUGUCAGAGAUAUAUGCGAAACUCGAACAUCUAACAAUUGUUCAGUUGAUGUCGUUGUUGGUUUUGACAUAUCAACCUAUCCCAAUUAUGCCCAAUUAUUCACUGGGCAAAACCUUCUGAAAGCCAGAAUUGCUCAUAUCUUACACAGUAUGAUGAACUUGAGAAGUCCAAGCUGCAACCCUGGUGUCAAACCUCAAGUCAGUGCUACCUUUUACUUACCAAAUGCUAAUAAUUCAAUGUCUCCUCUAUUUCACACCUAUAGUCCUGAUUUAGCUCAGAACCUCAAAGACAUUUAUGUCAAUGGCUCUUCCUAUAUGACAUCACUCGUUCUUCAGUCAAUGUGGAAGACAUUUCAAAACACAGAUAAAGGAAAAGCAAAGAUGAUGCUGGUCUUUACAGAUGGCCUAGAUGAGCAAGUUGAAGACCUUAAGCGAACAGUGGAGGAUCUUCGAAGGCAAGGACUAACGGCCUUAGUGACUAUUGCUUUGGAAGGAACAAAGGGAUAUGAUGAUAUCAAACAUAUAGAAUUUGGCAGAGGCUUUGAAUACAGCUAUCAGAUGAAUAUUGGAAUGUCAGAUAUUGGAGUUAGACUAGCCGGACAAACGUCCCAUGUUAAUGAGAAGACAUGUUGCUGUGUAUUCUGUAAAUGCAUUGGACAAAGUGGACUUCCUGGAAUACCUGGGCGAAAAGGACAAAAAGGGCUACCUGGACGAAAAGGAGAUUCAGGACAUCCUGGAGAAGAAGGAACAGAUGGUGACAGAGGAUUACCUGGUCCACUGGGAGAAAGCGGUGACAAAGGAUGUGUAGGAGUCAAAGGCCUCAAGGGUUCAAGAGGGUUUCCAGGAGAACAGAAUGAAAAUGGAGAACAAGGGCUUGAUGGACUUCAUGGAGAAAAGGGGAAGUCCGGAUCUCCAGGAAUAAAAGGAGAGAAGGGUGAAAAAGGAGAACUAGGUAAAUCUGGAUUAAAGGGAACUAAAGGAUAUAAGGGAUUUAAAGGCCAGAAGGGUGACCUGGGAAAUCCUGGAAAUGACAGCAGUAUUCCUGGACCAGCAGGUCCUAAAGGAGACCCAGGAAUAGAGGGUGAAUCAGGAAUGGAAGGAAAACAUGGAGAACCUGGUGCUGAUGGACUUGAUAAUCUUCCUGGCAGAAGAGGGGUUAUGGGCCCACAGGGAACUAAAGGUGAUCCUGGUGUGCCAGGCAUUAAAGGAGAACACGGGUUUAAAGGUCCUCAGAGGGGGAAUAAUGAGACAAAUGUGAAUGAAAAAUCUUAA